GCAGAAUCCUGGCCACAGUAGUAAGAGAGGAAGACGAGGGCAGAGUAGAGAGGAAGGGAGAUUGAGGGCGUGUCCAACUAGGGUCAGACCAGUGUGCCUACCGCAAGGAAAAAGGACACUGGGCAAAGGACUGUACCAAGAGAAAGAAGAAACAAAGGAAAGACAGAGCUGAAAUCCUUAACCUUGAUUAGGAAGGUCGGGGCCAGGAACCCCCACCCCGCCCAGGGAUGGGAGGAUGAGGACAGCACGCCCCCGGCCUGACCUUCGUCUCCACCCCUCCGCUCUGUCCCCUGUCCAGAGUCAUCAUGGCUUUUUGCCCUCAGUUGACGCUUUUACUUUGGAAAAACUACAUUUAUCGCAGGAGACAGCCGAUCCAGCUACUCGAGGAACUGCUGUGGCCCCUGUUCCUGUUCUUCAUCCUGGUGGCCAUUCAUCACUCGCACCCCCCAGUAGAGCACCACGACAAGCCACUGCCAUCUGGCUCCAAGGACUGAUCUACUCUUGCUUCCAACAUCCAACGCCAGGAGAGAAGCCAGGGGUCCUGAGCAACUUUAAAAACUCCCUGGUCUCCCGGCUCCUGGCUGAUGCCCGCUCAGUGCUGGGAGGCCGCAGUGCCCGAGACACACUGGCUGCCCUCGGGAAACUGUUGCCAUUGCUCAGAGCUGCCCAAAGUGAAGCUUGGCUACAACGGAAUGACCAGCCAAAUGAAGAGCCCAUGCUGACCACAGAGAUCCUAGAGACGCUUCUGAAGAGGGCUUCCCUGGUGUCUGCAAUGGGGCAAGCCCAGGACCCCCUGGCCCGCUUUCUGGAUGCUGCUAAGGACUUUGCACAGGAGCUGCUGACCCUGCCCAGCCUGAUGGAGCUCCGAGGUCUGCUGCGGAGGCCCAAAGGGAUAGCUGGGCCCCUAGAGCUGAUGUCAGAAGCCCCGUGCAGUGACAAGGGGCCUAGCAGCCCAGGUGGCCUCUCCCUCAAUUGGUAUGACGCCAGCCAACUAAGCCACUUCCUGGAGCCUGAGCUGGUGUCUACCCUGCCUGAUAGCAGCCUCAGCUCUGCCUGCUCUGAGUUAAUGGGAGCACUGGAUGACCACCCACUAUCACACCAAACUGGAGGAGCCGGAGCAUUGACUAGAAGACAUCUUUCCUCGAUUCGGGAUGCCUCAGGUAAUAGGGUCAGAUAAUGGACCGGCCUUCGUCUCCCAGGUAAGUCAGAAAGUGGCCAGGUUGUUGGGAAUUGAUUGGAAAUUACAUUGUGCUUACAGACCCCAGAGCUCAGGCCAGGUAGAACGAAUGAAUAGAACAAUUAAGGAGGCUUUAACUAAAUUCUCGCUGGCAACUGGCACUAAGGACUGGGUGACCCUCCUCCCCCUAGCCCUAUAUCGGGCCAGGAAUACUCCUGGGCCCAGUGGAUUAACCCCCUUUGAAAUUCUGUACGGGACCCCUCCCCCGGCUGUCUCUUUUCUUGAUCCAGACAUCUCUAACUUUGUUAGCACCCCUUCCCUGCAGACGCACCUGCGAGCGUUGCAGCUGGCACACGAAGAAAUCUGGAAGCCCCUGGCAGCAGCCUACCAAGAUGCUGUUAACACCCCUAUUGCCCCCC